AUGUCCUCUACUGAUAGUGAUGAUCCUUGGGCCGGAUAUUGCAAUAAAAACAACAUUGCGGAUCAAGUGGUCUCAGCCAUUUCCAAAGAUGGCAGAAUCAAGGUGACGGCCUGUACAAUUCGCAAUAUGGUGAACGAUUUGAUGAUUCAACACACCAUGACCAUUCAAGCCAUUGGACGGACGGACCAUGACCUGUGCCUUGUUAAUGUCCAAUGGAAUGCAAGACGAACAAACCUUGCAAAUCACUCUGAAUUGUAA